AUGUUGGCACGUCAAUCUAUUAUUCCUCGCGCUGCUGUUCGUGCUUUCAGCACAGGCAAGGCCGUACGCUCGUAUGAGGACACCCGCGACAACAUCAAGCUAACUGCUGAUACCAAGGUGAUCUACCAGGGGUUUACUGGCAAGCAGGCUACUUUCCACGCCACGCAAGCUAUUGAGUACAACACGAAGGUCGUCGGCGGCACCAACCCCAAGCGUGCGGGCCAGACUCACCUUGGUUUGCCUGUGUUUGGAACGGUUGCCGAGGCUAUGAAGGAGACGGGCGCUACUGCCACGGGAAUUUUCGUGCCUCCGCACUUGGCUGCUGGCUCCAUCAUGGAGGCCAUUGAGGCCGAGAUUCCUCUGGCGGUCGCAAUUACUGAGGGCAUUCCCCAACACGACAUGAUCCGGGUUGUCCAGGCCCUCAAGACCCAGAACAAGACCCGGGUCAUUGGUCCUAACUGCCCUGGUAUCAUUGCCCCCGGCAAGUGCAAGAUCGGCAUUAUGCCCUCCAACAUCCACCAGCCUGGCCGUAUUGGUGUUGUUUCCCGUUCUGGUACUCUUACCUACGAGGCAGUCAACCAGACCACCAAGGUUGGUCUUGGCCAGUCUCUUGUUGUUGGCAUUGGUGGCGAUCCCUUCCCCGGCACCAACUUCAUUGAUGUCCUCAGCGUGUUCCUUGAGGAUGAGGCUACCGAGGGUAUCAUCAUGAUUGGUGAGAUUGGUGGUACUGCCGAGGAGGAGGCUGCUGAGUUCCUCAAGAAGUACAACCAGUCUCGUGCUGUUCCCAAGCCCGUUGUUUCGUUCAUUGCUGGUGUCUCUGCUCCUCCUGGUCGCCGCAUGGGUCACGCCGGCGCCAUUGUUGCUGGCGGAAAGGGCGAUGCCAAGUCUAAGAUCAAUGCUUUGACGAAUGCCGGUGUUAUUGUUGAGCCUUCGCCUGCUGGUUUGGGUGCUGCUCUUUAUCAACAGUUUGUUGACCGCAAGCUCCUCUAA